AUGUCGCAGCCUCAAAAGAUAGACCUAAACUCACUUCCGCCACAACAGUUGGUGGAGCUUCGUAAAAACAUUGAUCAGGAAAUUAACCAUUUCACGCAAUCCUUGCAAGCUUUGCAAACAGCGCAGUUAAAAUUGAAAGAUUGUAUAACGAGUAUUAACAAUCUAGAGAAAUCCAAAGCCGACGAAAUGUUGAUACCAUUGUCAAGCUCAUUAUAUAUACCUGGUAAAGCGGUUACUAAGCAAGAUUAUUUGGUGGACAUUGGUACAGGGUACUAUGUUGAAAAAAAGGCAGAAGAUGCUAAAAAGGUGUACGAUACAAAGAUAAAAAAGCUUGACGACGAUGCAAAGAAAUUAAAAGAUAUACUAGUUCAAAAGAAUGAGUUGUUAAAUGGUCUCAAUUUGAUUUUGAGAAGAAAAGUGAUCGAAAUGGAAAAGGAACAAGAAACCAAAGCCUAA